AUGACUUCCUUUGCCAAAAGCAAUACCAAAAACCAACCUCCAUUGUUGUUUUUGUUGGGGGAGCCCAAUGGUGAAACCAAGCAUGCUUUCCUUGAUCCUGUAAACCAAUCUCCAUUCUUGAGUGAGGCAGAGUUUCCCGAGCUUCAAUUUCAGGUUGAGUGUUUGUCAUCAGGGCAUGGUUGGUUACUUCUACUAUCCCGGCAAACCUCUUCUCUUUUCUUUCUCAACCCCUUUACCCGUCAAAAAAUCGAUCUUCCAUAUCGAUCAUCUGGUUUCACUGCUGUUGCUUUCUCUGCACCCCCAACAUCUCCAGAUUGUGUUGUUUUUGCUAUCCAACAUCAGUAUGAAAAGUGUUGGAAUCGAUAUCCAUAUCGAGUUGGGAAGGAUUUUGGUGUUCUGAUGCAUGCAAUUUGCAAUGAUGGGAUUUUGUAUUGUAUGGAUUCUUGUGGAAGGAUUGCUACUUUUGAUGCCAAUAAAAAAGGAGAUACUUGGACUGAAAUUUCGAGCAAGAAUUUCAAGCAGGUUCGUCUUUCUUGUUUCUUCAAAUUCAACGGUGAACUCUACGGAGUUAAGCUGUAUGGGAAUUAUAGCGCUGUUGAAACAGUUUAUAAACUGAAGCUUGAGAAUGGGGUUGCAGCAGCUUGGGAAGAGGUCAAUGAUAUGAGAGACCAUACAAUGUUUCUUGGCCCUUACGGUUCUUGCGCUGCAGUUGGCCUGGAUGAAAAGCUGUUGCAAAAGAAAAUUUUCUUGGCCAGGGACGACCCCACAUCGAAGUGUCUGAUCUUUGAUUUUGAUGAAGGAAACUAUAAGAAGACUGCAACGGUAUCUUCAUCAGAAUAUAGCUGGUGCUAUUCAUCAGUUUGGAUUGAAAGAUCAGCAGCUUAG